AUGCGCCCGCCCUCGCAGUAUCCGCAGGAGAUCGGCCAGGAGGCCGGGGAUCGGGAGCCCGAUCCGCGGUUCGGGGCGAUGAUGAUCUGCACGAAAUUGGCCGGCAGGGCGGUCAUCCGGGUGAUCGGGCGAUGUAACGACGCCAAGGAGAACGAAAAUCUCGACCUGUCGAAUUGUCAGCUGAUGCAAGUACCCGACGCCGUCUACCACCUGAUGAGGCACACCGAACUGAAAACCUGCGAUCUCAGCGACAACGACAUCACGAAGAUCCCGCCCAAGUUCGCGGCCAAAUUCAACCUGAUCACCGAUCUGAAUUUGUCGCACAACCAAAUGUCCAAGUUGCCCGACGAGUGCGUCGAUUUGGGCUCCUUGCAACGGCUGAACAUCUCCCACAACACCUUCAUACAAUUGCCCAAUUGCGUGUUUAAGAUACCCAAACUGAGGCAUCUCGAUGCCAGCAAUAAUAGUAUAGUCGAUAUAGAUGUAGACUGUUUGAAGGAAGCACCGUCUUUAGAAACGAUAGAUCUCAGUAACAACCCCAUAGCGCCGAGAAUACACGAACAACUAUCGAAAAUUACCCAUUUGCGAAUAACUCUCUCGCCGCGAGUAAAAGAAGACUGGGAGGAUCUCACUAUAUAA